AUGUCUAAUUUGUACGGUGAUUAUAACACAAAGAUCGAUUAUGUAUUCAAGGUUGUAUUGAUUGGUGAUUCUGCAGUUGGAAAAACUCAAUUACUCGGUCGUUUUGCAAGGAACGAAUUUAAAGUUGAUUCUAAAGCCACAAUUGGUGUUGAAUUUCAAACAAAAACUUUGAUUAUUGAUAAUAAAACCGUUAAAGCUCAGAUAUGGGAUACGGCAGGUCAAGAAAGGUACAGGGCAGUUACUAGUGCAUACUAUCGAGGUGCAGUUGGGGCAAUGUUAGUUUACGACAUGACAAAACGUCAAUCAUUCGAUCACAUGGCCAGAUGGUUAGAAGAAUUGAGAAGUCAUGCCGAUAAAAACAUCGUGAUCAUGUUAAUUGGAAACAAAUGCGAUCUUUCUUAUCUUAGAGCAGUUCCAAUGGAAGACGCAGAAGAGUUUGCGCAAAGAGAGAACCUCUUCUUUAUGGAAACAUCAGCGCUUGAAGCCACCAAUGUCGAAACUUGUUUUUUAACGAUUUUAACCGAGAUAUACCGAAUAAAUGCAAAGAAACCACUUAGUUCCAAUGGUGAUGAUCAAAAUGGGACUUCAACACUUCUUAAGGGAAGUAGGAUAAUUGUUCCUAAUGAAAUAGAUGGUGGUGGAAAGAAGGGUUGUUGUUUUGCCUCUUAG